AUGUCAUUUUCGGAUAUACCAGAAUCCUUAGAAACCACUCGAUACGUUGUGCAAAAAAUCUUAGUACCGUUUAUAACAGCCAUCGGUUUAUUAGGGAAUUCUCUUAACAUAUUAGUGUUACGUCAUCCAUUCAUGAAAGGAGUUUCCACAAACUUUUAUCUGUUUAUUAUGUGCUUAGUGGACAUGACGUAUUUGAUACUUACUUUAUGUUUGUCUUUUAAACAUUGUAGUGACAUCGACCAACAUGUAUCUGCGUUCUAUUUCAUAGUGUAUGCUCGCCCUUUAACGGAUUUAGCCGGAAAUGUUGCUGUGUGGAUUACCGUUGUUUUUACAAUUGAAAGAUAUAUCGGCGUUAAAUACCCGCUUAAAGGUAGAAUAUGGUGUACUGUGAAAAAAGCUAAAAUUAUUUCACUUCUAACUUUUAUCUUCUGCUUGGGGAAUACCCUUCCCGAAUUCUUCGAAAUGGAAAUCAUUAAGAGUCAAAAUGGAGACCAUAGGUGUCAAUAUACAACUUUUAAUCAGCAUUCUAGUUAUCAGAUUGGGUAUUACUGGUGGUUCGUUACUAUAUUUACGUUUAUUCCCUGUUGUGUUUUAUUUGUUUGUAAUUCCUUGUUAAUCAAGAUUUUAUUGGAAGCUAAAAGGGAACAACUAACAUUGGUUCCAUCAGACCGUGCCAGAAAAAAACGUAAACUCGAACAACAUAAAGUGACGUUAAUGUUAGUAACCAUAGUGAUAAUAUUUUUGUUGUGUCAGUUACCAUGGACGACAUUAUUAUUAUAUCGGACGUAUUUAUCCGCACAUGACUUACCGGAACCAAUCAACGACAUUCGAAUAGCCGGAAAUAUUUGUAAUCUUUUGGUCCAACUUAACGCAUCUGUUAAUUUCUAUCUUUACUCCUUCUUCAGCCGAAAGUUUCGUAAAACAAUUUGCAGAAUAUUCUGUGCACAUCAGUUAAAUCCAGAGUUCUCUGCCUUGAGCUAA